UAACUUAUUGCACCAGUGCAACAGUGCAGCUAGAAAGAACACAACGAAUAGACCCCUAGUGUUCGGUGUAAACUAGGGCUAUGUGUUUCCACCUUUAUAGUAACAGAUUUUCUAACCUGAAUAGUUAAAUUAAAUAAUUAUUUUAAAUAGUGUCAAAAAAAUGCUAAAGUGCGAAAUUUGUGGCUGUCGCGAUUUUUAUAAAGCGUCAGGUUAUUUCUUUUGUACGAUAUGUCAAACACAAAGCCAGGAUGUCGGAGAAGAGGUAGAAUUAGAAUUACCCAUAGAAAAUACCAUGAGAUUACGAAAAACGAAAAUACAUUGUGCUAAAAAUGACAAAGAUGAGGUGCUUGGAUGGACAUCUUGGGAAUUAUAUAAUUUUGUUUUAAUUGGUUUGACAAAUGAGCUUAUUGAGCUUGGUGCAUCACCUGAUAUAAAAAUAACAGUGUUGCAACUAUGGGCACGAUACCUAGGAAAACUAGAAGUAGCUUUUAUUUCAACAAAAAAAAAACUGAGACCAAAAUUAGCUAGAAGAUAUAAGAAAAGGUUGUUAUAAAUUUUUGUAUAUAAUAUUAAGGGGGAACACCAGGGCACUGGUGAUGGCACUAAAAAAAUGCCAUAAAUAUUUAAGGGAAUGCUGGAGUCAUUUGUUUUACUGACAAAAAAGACAGUAAUUUUUGUUUCGCAAUAUCUUUCUAUUUCUUUUAUAGAUUUGGAAAUCCUGCAGAAUGAAAGUAUAUGCAUAUUAUCAGUUUAUAGGGUGAAGUUUACCAAAAAAAUGGAAAAAAUUGUUAAUUUGCUGUUACAUUGUUUGCUUAACAUAAAAAAGAUGUAUAGUUUGUACUUACAAAAUUUGUAUUCACAGACUGGUAGCCGAUGAGAGCAAACAGUGUUGAGUUUCGAAAAUUAAAUUUUGAUGCCUAAUUGAGAUAAAAUUGCAAAACAACAAUUUAAGUUAUAGAUGUGUAACAAGUUGAUAAGUAGAGCAACAUAAAAAAUUUUUUUUGUUGAUAUAAGGUCCAAUUUACAGAUGAAUAUUAAUAUGUAUACUUCAAUUCUGGAAAAAAAUUUCCAAAUCUAUAAAAAAAAUAUACGAAAUCUAAUUAAUGAUAUGUACGAAUGACUACAUUAUUGACCCUGAUCAAGUUUGAGAGGCAGUUCAGCAUUCCCUUAAGGUUUUUUUACUCACUCAUACAUUGCAGAAAUAGAGUUAAUGGGUUGAAAAGUACACACUUUGAACUUGGUUUAUGAAUUUUUUUAUUAAAAAAUAUGUAUUUUAAAGUACAAUUGCAGAAGUUGCUGCAACAUGAUGCACAGAAAAAGCACCUUACUAGUUAUCACCAUACAUGUUCAAUAAUGAUUUGAAAAUUGAAAGGAAAACAUUGUUUUAAUCUAUAUUAGUAUGGUUUCAAUUAAGCGUAGCUGAUUUCUAAAAUACGAGGUAUUGUUAAAAUGGCAGCUCUUAAAA